AUGUUAACAAUUUCAUCAUUAAUUUUAAAUAUACGCAAUGAAGAAGAUUUUGGUCUAUAUCAUAUAAUAAUUCUUUCAGUUGGUAUACCAUUUACUUUACUUUGGUGUGCAAUUGGAAUUUUAAUGUCUAUAUACAAAAAUUGUUUAUGGAUAAGUUUAUUCUAUUUCUUGUCAAUAAUUCAACCAUUUCAUUUAAUUCAUUUAAUUUAUAUAUCAAUUAAUAAAUUUUAUGGUCUAUUAUCUGAGAAUGAAAUUAAUCAAUAUUAUCCAUUAUUUAUAAUUAUAUUUGUAUGUGUUAGUGCAAAUUGUUUUGUACAAUUAUUUACAACAAUAAUUGGUUGUUGGAUGAUAUCAAAAACUGAUAGAACAAUUUUUGAUACUCGUUGGAUUGUAGCGAGUAUUUGA